UGACGUCAUCUUUUGUCUGGAAAAUUAGGGGUGCGCUUGUUUAAACCGGGACAUUUGAGCCUUCGGAGAGGUGCAGUUCAGGAGGGCGGAGCUUGAUGUGGUGUAACGUUGAAUAUUGUCAAUGGUCAGAUUCUGACUACGUUCACAACCGACGGUGUAUGUCAAUAGGAUCCAUGUAACUGACACAUCAGGUUCACGGGUGUUAGCCGUUGUUUCAACGGUUGGAGAAUCAAAACGCUGACUUGGCUCCGUUGUACGUCAACUUGGCCGCCAUUUUGGAGAUGGAAACACGAGCCACUUGGAUAACUCAGGCAGACCCAACCUUCAAUGUCCCUGGAUUUAAGGAGUAACGGAAUCGUCUGCGACACUUCUGCGUGCUCUUGGUUCAGUUUGCGUUUCUGCGCCUUUUAGCUGCCCUGUCUCUUUAAGGCCUUCAUGUUACCGGAAGUGCGAGGGGUGUUUCCAGCUGAUCUGUACAACAGAAGUAGCAGGAUCUCCCUCAGCACACCGAGCUGUCUACUGUUGUUCUCGGCCACCGCAGCACAGCGCACCGGUCCUGACCUCCAGCGGCCUCUUGGUGCCAAGAUUACAAUCUAAUCCGGAGUAAAUUUGAAGGAGAACCGGGGGAUAUCCCGGUGUCCCCCUUUUUCUGGUCCUCCUUGUAGCCGUUAGUUAGCUGCCGUGAACCGGUACCGUGGGCUGCUUUUAGCCCGGACUGUCAUGGUCCCAGCUCGGAGAUGGCGUCCUUUCCCGGUUUGUGUAAAGCUGUCGGGCCCGCGGAGGAGGAGAACGGAGAGCUGGACGGCUCCCUGCAGCAGAUGCUGAAGGCCAUCGCCGACGAGAGGAACCGACUCAACAGCCGACAGGAGAUCAGCGGACUCGGCUGUUUUAAAGAUGACCGCAUCGUUUUCUGGACCUGGAUGUUUUCCACCUACUUCAUGGAGAAGUGGGCGCCGCGGCAGGACGACAUGCUGUUCUACGUCCGCAGGAAGCCCGCCUAUGUCGGCGCAGACAACGGCGAGGCCAAAAAGGUGGAGGUGGAAGUCUACAGGAGGGACUCCAAGAAGCUCCCGGGUCUUGGUGACCCAGACAUCGACUGGGAGGAGAGCGUCUACCUGAAUCUGAUCCUGCAGAAGCUGGACUACGUGGUAACGUGUGCCGUCUGCACGCGCUCAGACGCCGGAGACAUCCACAUCCACAAGAAGAAAUGUCAGGAAGUUUUCGCCUCUCCCAGUAAACACGCCAUGGACAUCAAAGGAGAGGAGUCCAAGAUGAGCUACCCCAACAUCUUCUUCAUGAUCGACAACUUUGAAGAGGUGUUCAGAGAUAUGACUGUGGGCGAGGGCGAGAUGGUGUGUGUGGAGCUGGUGGCGAGCGAUAAGAGCAACACCUUCCAGGGCGUCAUCUUCCAGGGAUCCAUCCGCUACGAGGCGCUCAGGAAGGUUUACGACAACCGGGUGAGCGUCGCUGCUAAGAUGGCCCAGCGGAUGUCCUUUGGCUUCUACAAGUACAACAACAUGGAGUUUGUGAGGAUGAAGGGGCCACAGGGCAAAGGUCAUGCUGAGAUGGCCGUCAGCCGGGUGCCGACUGGCGACACGUCUCCCUGCAACACGGAGGAGGACCAGGUGUCCCCGAUGCACGAGAGGGUGACGUCGUUCAGCACGCCUCCGACCCCAGAGAGGAACCGUCCGUCCUUCUUCUCUCCGUCGCUCAGGAGAAAAGUUCCCAGAAACAGGAUUGCAGAGAUGAAGAAGUCUCACUCCGCCAACGACAGCGAGGAAUUCUUCAGGGAGGAGGAGGACGAAGAUAUUCACGCGGCCACCAACCUUCGCUCGCGCUCGCUGUCUGGAACCGGCCGCUCGCUGGUCGGCUCCUGGCUCAAGCUGAACCGGGCUGAGGAUUUCUUCCUGCUCUACUCACACCUGACCUACGUCACGCUGCCGCUGCACCGCAUCACCACAGACAUCCUGGAGGUGAGGCAGAAGCCCAUCCUGAUGACAUAACGGAGCUGGAUUCCCCCUCAGAGCAUCUUUACAAAGUGCCUCCACCAUCAGGCCACUGAAACAGCAGCGCCCCCUGGUGGCCGGACGGAGACCCUGCAGUCAAUCGCCAGCUUCACUCAGGAGACGACCGAGGCGCAGAGACGCUCCACAUCAAACCAGCCAUUCAGGAAGUGCCUCCUCUUCUUUCCGAUGCCCUGCGGAGCCUGACGUCGUCUCCAUGGAAACGGACCGUAUAACCUCAGCGUGAAUAGGCAUUGGCCGAACUCUGACCAGGAGGAAGAGGGAAAUGAAUGUUUGUUUUUUCUUGUAAAUAUCUGCUGCUUUACUCACUGAGACGCCUUGACUGAAGGUUGUGCUUUUAAAGACCGUCGUCUGUUGCCGAGCGAUGCGUCACACAGCUCCUCUUUUCUGAUCUCCUUCACCGCGUUCAGCUGACGGUCGAUCAUGUGGGAUCUACGAUUUAUCACCACAAACACAAAGCAUCUGGGUCAAAAUCCAACUUUAUCCUCUGUAGGAACUAAUACACGUUUUGUAUUUAUUCUUUAAUCUCAUGAGAGAUGAAAUAAAGCUGAAAAUGUCAAAUUGGGAAUAAAUUCUCAAUAAGGAAAUUAAUUUGUAAAAUUGUAACUUUGAGGAAAAAUAAAUUUUUUGUUCACAUUUGUAUCAAGAAGCAGGUUUUCCUUUUUUUACGUAAAAAUUAUAGAAUAAAAUACUGUAACUGUAGUUAAAUUUGCAAAGAUAUUACUCAUAUUUAAUCUCAUCAUUUCAAAAUUCUUGUUUUGACACUUUGGUCAGAUAACUUGCUCAAAAUUUAGCUUGAAUACUUAAUUUGAAUUUAUUUAGAAAAUAAUCUUGGUGAAAGAUAAUUCCAAUAUUUUUUCAUAUUUUUAUUUAUUCACUUAGACUGCUGUUUCAUUUACUUGGUUUUUUAUGAAGUUAAAUAUUUGUGGAUUUACUUCAAGCAACUAAAAUUGUAACUGACAACUAAAAAAAAUAUAAAAGAUUAAAUAAAAAUUUAAGUAAAAGCAAAUAUUUAAACUCCAACAUGACAAACAUGUUUGUUCUUAUUCUCAGUUUUUGACUUUACACAACUGACUUCAGUUCCAAACUUGAAUUUAAAUGGAAAAUAACAGAUUUUAAAGGGAAAAUGCAGAACUGAACGGUUUGUAAAUGGAAAAUAAAUGAAUGAAUUUUC